AUGUGUUUCAAAAUUCGAGACGAUCCCUCCUUCUUGGAACUGGUUACUUCCAAUCAUCGAAGUAAGAAUACACCGUUAGCGUCCAUGUUAUUAAAAUUGUAUAAUGCUGCUACAUGUAUUCUGGCCGAUAGAUUGCUAAGCAUAAAAUGUUGUGGAGAGUUUUUUUUUAAUAAGAUUUCAAUUCGUCGUUUAGAUUAAGUAUGAAACGUUGAUACCUCAAUAUAUCACCGAGAGACGAUUUGGUGUUGCAAUACAUUUUAUUAACGUUUUACUCACAUACAAUUCACCAUGAAUCUAUAGUGCAUUACUAGUCAUUGGGAAAAUGAUAUUUCUAUCUAUUGUCGAAACUUUGGAUUAGGUAUCAAAGUGUGUAUAUUUCUUUCCACAAAAUCUGUUCUUUUUUUUUUUUUUGUAAAGUUGUUUUACAGACAAUACUUAUUUGGAAACCUUUAAUUUGUAAUACUGGUGGUUCAAGAUAUUUUUAUUUUAUUUAUCCGGGCAACAGAGGGUUUGAUGAAUUUCGUGAACUGGGUAUUCAAAAAUAACGUUAACUUUUUAUUUCUAUCUAUUGUCGAAACUUUGGAUUAGGUAUCAAAGUGUGUAUAUUUCUUUCCACAAAAUCUUUUCUUUUUUUUUUUUUUGUAAAGUUGUUUUACAGACAAUACUUAUUUGGAAACCUUUAAUUUGUAAUACUGGUGGUUCAAGAUAUUUUUAUUUUAUGCAUCCGGGCAACAGAGGGUUUGAUGAAUUUCGUGAACUGGGUAUUCAAAAAUAACGUUAACUUUUUAAAAAAAAAAGUAUGUAAAUGAAAUACAAAGUUUUCUCAUUAAUAAAUGUCCCCUUUACAAUAAUUCGAACAAAAUAUUUAGUACACGAUGGUUGUUAUAGUACUGCCCAGUGUCACCUAAUUUUUUUUUAUUUCGUGACCGGGAAGCCGUUGUUUCUCUUCUUUCUUUGACCCGGUAAUUUUGCUUUCGCGUGUACCGGUAUCGGGCUGCAACACGGCAAUUGGUUACACUGGUAUAGCCUACUUCUUGGUCUAAAUUUACUUCAUACUAUAUCUAAAGGGUUGACCAUUCCCCACACCCUAAUUUUUAUUGACGUCACCGAUUAAAUGUGUAGCACCAUUUCGUUUAUACUCACCCAUUCUGAUACGCUCUAUUUGCUCUAAAGAACACUAUGAAGUAACGCAAUUUGAGAAUCGUUAUUUUUGAGGGUUCUAUAUAAAAAUGUGUAUAUCCAUAUAUAUAUAAAAUCUGACAGCUUUCAGAGCCGAAGAGAGAUGUUUGCUAUUUUUACUAGACACUUAAGAGACGUAUUUUUUUUUUUAGAAGAUUAUUCUCUUUAUGUGUGUGUGUGUAAUUUUAUAUUUUUAUCUUUCCUUGUUUUUACCUUUUCAAUUACUUUAAGUUAUUAUAGUUUUUUUUUUUUAACUUUCUGUCUAUUUGAUUUUGUAUUUUUUUUAGAUUGUUACACACCGCUAUGGUUAUAAAGAUUAAUUCUGAAUUAAUAUUUGGCUCGUUUAAAUAAAAGAAAUGCUUAACAAAAAAACUAAUCUAAAAGUAUGCAAAGAAAAGCGACAGCAAAUCUAUAGAUAUUAUAAUUACAAAUACGAAGUCAAGUAUAGAAGCCAAAAGCGUAUCAACUUACGGCAAGUUAAAAAACACACAAAAAAGAUUCAAUCCUCAAAACAGAAAAACUAAAUCAUACGUACAACAAUUAAAAAAAAACCCGCCUAGUUAGUCUAUCUCAAAGUAAGUCUCGCCAAGUCUAAUACUCAGAAAGUCUAUCUGCUAAGAAAACUGGCAGGCUUGAAAUGUUAAUUAAUUCAGAACAUGUUGAUAGAGAAAAUCUAGAAACAGCGUCACCUAUUGGCUUUCUUGAGAACAAAUGGAACCCAUCCUAGAGUAAACCAACUUUUUCGUCAGCCACAACCUGGUCAGGCUAAAUAGUUGCACAUUGGCAUCGAUUUCAAGGCGAUUACAAACAGAAAAAUUGUAGAUGCUAAAAAUAACUCUGUGUAGUUUAAAAUAACCAAAGCUCUAAGCUCUACUAGGCUAUAUAUAUAUAUAUAUAUAUAUAUAUAUAUAUAUAUAUAUAUAUAUAUAUAUAUAUAUAUAUAUAUAUAUAUAUACAUUUAAAAGCAUAAUUAAAUUUAAUUAUUCAUUUUCACCAGCUUUGGCCAAGUUUGGCGUUGUUUUUCUUUGUGUUCUGGUUUUCAUUCCUUUUUUACGUAUUUUUAAUUUAACAAAUCAAAUUUCAAAGCAAAUUAAAUUUUCAAAACCAUAUAACAGUAUUGUAACGGAUCAUAAAUAUAAGUGUUUUGAUGUUACAGGUAGAGUUGUAAUUAUCGCUUACACUAUAACUAUACAUCCAUAUUUUCAUACGUCCAUGUUCAUCAAACACAAGUACCAGAGGACUCCUUGAAUCAGCACCACGACAUUUAUUGACUGAUGAACGAACACACAAUAAAACAAUAUCUGUGUAGAUCCGAGUAAAAUAUAAUUCUUCAUACAACUUCUUCUGUUUCACAAAUCAACCUUAAGAUGCUGAUUAAUAACUAAAUGAACAUUGCCAGCGCUAAUAAAAGAAAUACCAACUGUCACCGUCCGCUUUUUCUAUCCCAUAAUUCCCUAACUUGCUGUUAUUUCUACUUAACAAAACAAUACAUUAUUUUAAGAAACAAAAAUUGAAAACUAAAUAUUUAAACUGUGACAAGUGUUAUAAAACGGUUUAAAAAAAUUUGUUUUCAAAAUAUUUUUUUUUACCUGUUCUUGUUAAAGUUUCUUAUAGCUAAAUUGCUAUUCCCAGAACCCAUCAUUGUUUGGUGGGAUGGAAAGUCAAGUUUAACAACAAUGGACGAGGCAAAAUUAUGAAAAUAAUUCAAAUCCCUGAGAAUGCUUAGACUGUGUGUAGAUAUAUCAGACAUUGAGAUAGAUUAAUCAAUAUCUUAUAAAAUAUAAGCUUACAUUGUUAAAAAAAAGAUAUGUAAAAUUUAAUUUAAAAAAAACAAAAAUUUAUUCAUCAUCAAUUAUCCUUUUUCUCUUUGAUGCAGAAGAGAGGAUAUCGGACGAAUUCACACGAAUAUUCUUACUUGUGGGAAAAACCGGUAGCGGAAAGAGUGCAACAGGAAGCUCCAUCUUAGGAAGCUCUGCAUUUAAAUUUGGUGACGCUGGCACGUCUGUGACGUCAGAAAUGACAAUUAUAAGCGUUGUGAGACAAGGCUACACAUUAACAGUCGUAGACACACCUGGUAUUAUGGACACGAGUGUGGACUCAACGGAAGCAAAGUGGAAGUCGUGCCGAGAAAUGAUACACGCCAUGAGCAUUUGUCCUACGUCUGGGAAGCUGGCCAUUCCUCUUGUUCUUAAAUACGGCGAACGGUUCACCGAGGAGAACAGAGCCACGAUACGAAUUCUGAAGAACAUUUUCGGUGAGGAGAAUCUUUGGAAAUCUUGCGUCAUCAUAUUUACACAUAGUAACACAUUUGAUGUUUAAUCACAAUGGCAAAAAACGUUUUGAAGCCUGGUUAAAAGAACAGAGUGGGGAACUGGGUAAAAUAAUUAAAAAGUGUGGAUUUAAAUGUGUGCUGUUUAAUAACAAAACCAAAUGUCAUGUUAAACAGGAAGAGCAACUGAAACAGCUCAUGCAUUUAUGUUGACAGGCUGGACCAAGGCUAUACAAGAGCUAAAUUUGACGAGGCCAAGAAACAACAGAAGAGGUUUAGAGCUGGAAACAAUGUUACCAAAACUUAAGUUGGAAUACCAAGAGAGAGACAGACUUACUGAGGGAGAAGAUGCCCAGUAUGAUCAUGUCGUCAUCUUCACUUAAAGAAAUCAUGGGUUUAGAGGCUUCGGCUAGUCAACCUUUGGCCCGCGUGAAUAGCAUGGACGACAAGGAAAAGAUAUACUACGACAAUAACGAAAAACCGUUGCUGGAAGAAAUACGGUCUCAAGUCCAAUGUAUGAUAGAAACGAUAAAUUUAAAGAAAGUCAGAAUGCAGCUGAUGGAACGGGUGGAAUUACUGAAAUCUCGUGUUUAUGAUUUAAUUAAGAUUAUAAACGAAGCCAGACCCGAGGAUGAGAGAAUGUCCAGUGAGCUUACUGACAUUGAAGACAAGGCAAAAACGCUGUUUGAGGAUGUUAGUAAAGAGAACUUGGGUGACUCAAUAUUUGAAGAACUUGAACAAGACACGUUAUCAGCUGAACAAAAAAAAUUGACCAAUUGAAAACAGACGUCCGGUUGGCAGAGAAGACAAGAAAGUUAACUCGGGAAAUGGUUGCGCUUCAAGAUGAUGUCAACAUUCAGAAAAUUCCAACACUAGUUAGCACGUUCUCAACAUUCUCUACGAGAGCGGAUAAUAUCUUUUCAGAAAUUAACGAUGGUGGUUUACAAGAACUAAAAAAAGUGGAUCUUCUUGAACGAAUAACCCUUCUGAAGACAAAAAUUCACAAUUUAAAAAUUGAUAAUGACAUGCUCAUUGGUUGGACAUCCGUAGAAGCCAUCACAACAGUAGCCAGUCCCUUAGCACUAUUUAUUCCUAUCGCAGGGAUACCGAUUUCGAUAGGACUAGGCAUUUUUCCUGCAAUCGGUUUACAAAUUCAUACGAAGAUAGAGA